AUGAAGGGUAGGUCUUAUAUUGGUGUUUUGGUUCUCAUUGUUUGUCUUAAUUCACUUUUAGUGAAAUAUCACUCAUAUUUUUCAGACGAAGAAGAUAAGAUUUAUAUUAUCUAUACGGACAAUACAAGAAACAAUGAAACAUCUCUAUUACUUCACUACAAAAGUUUGCUUCAGCAAGUUACAAAAAGACACCUGCCAAAAACAAUACUUCAAUACUACAAGAAGAGUUUCAGCGUUUUUGUAGCCAAGCUUACGAAAGAAGAAGCCAACAAAAUGGCCGGACUCAAAGGAGUGGUGUCUGUUUUUCUUAAUCAAAAGAGAAUUUGGCCGGAAUCUUCUAGUUUCGAUGAUAAAGGUUUUGGUCCGCUACAUACCAAAUGGAACGACAGUUGCAUCGCUUUUAAUUUUUCUUGCAACAGAAAAAUCAUUGGAGCUAAGUAUUACUUAUCAACUUCAAAUGAACCGUUGAGCCAAGCAGAUUUUGAAUCUCCAAGAGAUUCAAAGGGACAUGGAACUCAUACAGCAUCAACUGCUGCAGCUGGGAACCCAGUUACCAUAGCAAGCAUGCUAGGACUUGCACAAGGAACAACAAGAGUUGCAAUCCCGUCUGUACGCACUUUCGUAUACAAAGUUUGCUGGUCUACUGGAUGCUUUGAUGAAAGUAUUCAUGCCGCAUUUGACGAAGCAGUUCUUGAUGGGGUUGAUAUAUUAUCAGUAUCACUUAGAUCUGAUUCAAUAGACAACACCAAUCAUUUUAAGGAUGUAAUUUCUAUUGGAGCAUUCCAUGCAAUGCGUCAAGGAGUACUUACGGUAGUGGCAGGAGGAAACUUCGGUCCACGCCCUGCAUCCUUACAUAAUCUGUCACCAUGGACGAUUGUUGUUGGUGCUAGUACGUUAGAUAGAAGAUUUAUCACCGCGGUCAAAUUAGGAGACAAUAGAACAUAUGAGGGUGUCUCACUAAAUGCAUUUGAUCUUGAGGAAACAUUAUACCCUAUAAUAUUCGGAGGAGAUGCAUCAAACACAAUAUUAGACGUGUUUCGACGUAAAUCCAGGUUUUGGAAGUUAAACAACACCUUAGAUGUAAGACUGGUGAAGGGUAAAAUAGUUUUAUGUGAAGGAAAGGAAGGAGUUGAAGAAGCCUUCAGAGUGGGUGCUAUUGGUAUCUUGAUGUAUGGUCCCACUUUACCAGAAAAGGCACUGUCUUAUCCCUUACCUGCAUGCUUUCUUCAAACCAAAGAUGUCACCGGUAUAUUUAAAUACAUUAGUUCGACAAGGAAUCCAGUUGCCACAAUAUUGAAGACAUAUGAGUUAAACGAUACGUUGGCACCUGUGCCCGAUUUAAUUGCUCCAGGCGUAAAUAUUUUAUCUAGUUGGCCUUCAAAUCUCUCUAUCUCGGAUAUUCUUGGCGAGACUAGAAAAUCGGAGUUUAAUAUUAAAUCAGGAACAUCAAUGUCUUGUCCACAUGUAUCUGGAGCAGCAGCGUACGUCAAGUCAUUUCAUCCUACAUGGUCGCCUGCUGCUAUCCGCUCGGCUUUAAUGACAACUGCUAAAAAGAUGAGUCCUGUUAAUAAUAGAGAUGCGGAAUUUGGUUAUGGAGCGGGGGAAGUUGAUCCAGUUAAAGCAUUACAUCCUGGUUUAGUAUAUGAUGCUGAUGAAGAGGAUUAUAUUAAACUUUUAUGUGGCCAUGGCUUCAAUACAACCGCUGCUCUACAAUUAAUCACGGGAGAUAAUAGCAGUUGCUCGGAAAUAACACCAGGAUCAGCAAGAGACUUGAACUAUCCAUCCUUUGUUUUAAAAGCUGCACAUCCUAAACAACAUGUCAGUGGAAGAUUUCAUAGAAUUGUCACCAACGUUGGAACACCAUUCUCUACAUAUAGAGCAAUUGUGACAGCUCCAAGAGGAUUACAUAUUUAUGUGAUACCUAGUGUUUUGUCAUUCACUUCACUAGGAGAAAACCAUACAUAUGUUGUCAUUGUUGAUGGAGUUUUGAAGAAAUCAAUGGUAUCAGCUUCUCUGACUUGGGAUGAUGGAUAUUUCAAUGUUAGAAGUCCCAUUGUUAUUUUCGACGAACGAGCCGAGAGGGUUGCAACAUCUUCAACUUUAAGAAAUGUUGUUAUUAUUACCGUUGUUGUUAUUUUUUUUAGUUUUGCUAUUAUUAUUAUUAGAUAUAAGGAAUUGUGUAUUUUUCUAUAA